AAUCAGAAUCAGAACGAGGGUGAUGAUCCAUUUGGUUGGAAGUCAAGUUCAGGAAGCAACCCAAAAUCACGGCGGUCGUUAUCGUUAUAAUACCACCACUUCUUGGCGCCGUCUUCCCUUGCGCGCUCUUCUCUGUUCAUGUUCAUCAUGGGCCCGACGGAGGACCGAUCGGAGAUUGCCUUCUUUGAUGUGGAGACUACGGUUCCCACCCGCCAAGGACAGAAAUUUUCCAUUUUGGAGUUUGGAGCAAUCCUGGUGUGCCCUAGGAAGCUGGUUGAGCUCGAGAGUUAUUCCACCCUUGUUCGCCCCUCUGACCUCUCCCUAAUCUCCUCCUUGUCCGUGCGAUGCAAUGGCAUCACUAGAGAUGCUGUCCUUUCUGCCCCCAAUUUCGCCCAAAUUGCUGAUAGGGUUUACGAUAUCCUUCACGGACGGAUAUGGGCAGGCCAUAACAUACUGAGAUUUGAUUGUGCACGAAUAAGGGAGUCUUUUGCAGAAAUUGGUAUGCCAGCACCGGAGCCGAAAGGUACAAUUGAUUCAUUGGCAUUGUUGACUCAAAAGUUUGGGAGGAGAGCUGGCGACAUGAAGAUGGCUAGUCUUGCUACAUAUUUUGGGAUAGGACAACAAACACACAGGAGUUUGGAUGAUGUCAGGAUGAAUCUUGAAGUCCUCAAGUAUUGUGCAACUGUCUUGUUUCUGGAAUCAAGUCUACCUGAGGUUUUUCCAGAAAACAGUUGGGUUUCUCCAAACACUGUUACGAGGCGCCGUGCUGCAAAAUCAUCUCCAUGGGGAAGUAAUUCGAACAAUAAUCGCUCAUCAAGUUCAAGGAUAGGUGGCAAUCCAACAUCUCUCACAGAUCAACAAGGGGAAACUCAUCCUAUAUUAUCUCUUGUAACUCUCAGCUCUGAGGAUGGAGCCUCAGAUCUGGUUGAAUCUGAUGCAACUGAAUCAGAUUCUUUUAAUAUGCACACUCUCAGUGAUGAAAURACACCUGAAUCACCCCAAAAUGAUAUCAGCAUGGAAGAACAUGCCUCAGUAUCUACUGAGGCAUCAUCCCCGGAGGAUGCUUCCAGAAGUCUCAGCAGCGCUACCGAAUUCUUGGAGCCUGAUCAGGUGUCUGUUUCGUCCAUCACUGCAUCUUUCGUUCCAUUUUUUCGUGGCAGCCAAAGAAUACAAUUAUCGCACUGUGACAACUGUUUACAGCUUCUUUGUAAUAAUCUGAAAGUUCGGUUCGGCAUAAGUACAAAAUUCACUGAUCAAGCUGGCCGGCCAAGGUUGAGUUUUGUGGUUGAUGUACCACCAAGUUUAUGCGGGGUUCUUGAAGCAUCUGAUGGUGUGGCUCAGAGACUAUCUUCAGAUUCUGGUAGCGUCUCUCAGUGGAGGCCCAUCGUGAUGAGAAAGAACGGUUAUUUCGACUACCCAACAAUGAGAAUACACAUUCCAACUGCAGUAUGUGGGGAUACUGCCAUUUAUGGUACAGAGAUGUACCAAAAAGAACCUUCAGGCGCUGCACAGAGGCUGAUAUUCAGUAAAUUCGACGCUGCAGAGCUUGAUAGCUUGAUCAACCCUGAAGGCAGCUUAGAUGCAUUCAUUUCCUUGGAUACAUACGACUAUCAACAGAGUGCAGGCAUUAGAUUGGUUGCAAAAAAGUUGAUCUUCCAUUCCUAGUAAUGGUAAAUCAAGUCGUUCUGUUAUUGAAGUAACUCAGCUCUACUGUUAUAUUUUACUUGGUUCAUUGACUAACAUUCACAUUUCCAGUAAAUCCCUUCAUUAUUUUCAGAAAACUCCCCUUUUUCCUACGCCUCCAUUGUUUGAUUGGAUACAACACUUCAUUUUAAUUCCUUGUAAUAUUGUCGUUACUCAUAGAACGUUUCGUUUAUGAUGGGCUCUAAAGUUGGGAAAUCUAGAAUUGGAUAACCUGUGGAUAAUAUUUAUGMUAUUUAUGCUAUUUGGAUAUUUGUAAUAAGUAAAAAUAGCAAAUUUAUAGAAA